UACCGGGGGCGGCCCGGCAGGCGGGCGAGCGCUCCUCCUCCGCUGGCUCGUGCUCGCACCGUCUCGCCGCCCGCGGAGAAAGUCCGGGCCGCCGCAGCCGCGUUCCCCGCCGCCUCGCCCCCGCCCUCGUCCCGGCUCGGCUGCCCGCCGGCUCUCCGGUCGUGAGUAAACCCGCCUAGGGCGCCCAGAGUCCCCGCGGCGGCGGCGGCGGCGGCGGCGGCUGCGGCGGCGGCUGGCCACACCAUGUUCAGGAGGAUCUUGCAGAGGACUCCUGGGAGAGCCGGCUCUCAAGGAUCUGAUUUAGAUUCGUCAGCAGCUCCUAUAAAUACGGUGGAUGUCAACAAUGAAAGUUCCUCAGAGGGUUUCAUAUGUCCCCAGUGUAUGAAAUCUCUUGGCUCUGCUGAUGAACUUUUCAAACACUAUCAGGCAGUUCAUGAUGCUGGUAAUGACUCAGGUCAUGGUGGAGAGGCCAAUCUUGCUUUGACACGAGAUGACAUAACACUACUCAGACAAGAGGUCCAAGACCUACAGGCUUCACUUAAGGAAGAAAAAUGGUACUCAGAAGAAUUAAAGAAAGAAUUAGAAAAGUAUCAAGGGCUACAGCAGCAAGAAGCUAAACCUGAUGGAUUGGUGCCUGAUUCAUCAGCAGAGCUCCAGUCUUUAGAACAACAAUUAGAGGAAGCCCAGACGGAAAAUUUUAAUAUUAAGCAGAUGAAAGAUCUAUUUGAACAGAAAGCAGCCCAACUUGCUACUGAAAUUGCAGAUAUGAAGUCAAAACAUGACGAGGAGAAGGGUCUCCGAGAAGCAGCUGAGCAAAAAGUGACACAGUUGACGGAAGAGUUAGACAGGCAGACCAGGGUGACUCAGGAUCUGAAAACUGAGCUGCUCCAGAGACCUGGUAUAGAAGAUGUUGCUGUACUAAAGAAAGAACUGGUCCAAGUUCAAACACUAAUGGAUAAUAUGACUUUGGAACGUGAGAGAGAAUCCGAAAAACUCAAGGAUGAAUGCAAAAAGUUACAAUCAGAACAUGCUAAUUCAGAGGCUACAAUAAGCCAACUAAGGAGUGAACUUGCCAAAGGCCCCCAAGAAGUUGCAGUAUAUGUUCAGGAAAUACAAAAACUUAAAGAUUCAAUUAAUGAAUUAACACAAAAAAACAAGAACUUGACCGAGAAGUUGCUGAAGAAGGAACUGGACUACAGGCACCUGGAGGAGAAGCAGGGCGAGGAGUCGGUGAGCAGGAAGAACACUCAGGCAGCCCUGCAGCAAAGGGACCUGGACUGUCAGCAGCUCCAGGCCAGGCUGGCUGCCUCCGAAGGCUCCCUGCAGAGGCUCCAGGCAGAGCUCCGUGAGAAGGGAGAGGCUGCUCAGAAGCUCAAGGAUGAGCUGCGGGAAGAGGAGAGCAGGCACCAGCACCUUAAGGCCCAGUGUAAGCAGCUGCAGCAGCAGCGGGAAGAGAAGGAGCAGCAGGGGCUGCAGCUGCAGGGGGAAGUCGGUCAGUUACACAGCAAACUCCUGGAGACGGAGCGGCAGCUGGGGGAAGCUCAGGGCAGGCUGAAGGAGCAGAGGCAGCUCUCCAGUGAAAAGCUCAUGGAUAAGGAGCAGCAAGUGGCCGAGCUCCAGCUCCAGCUCUCCCGUCUGGAAGAGCAGUUGAAGGAAAAGGUAACAAAUUCCACUGAAUUGCAACAUCAAUUAGAAAAAUCCAAACAGCAGCAUCAAGAACAGCAAGCUCUCCAGCAGAGCACCACGGCCAGGCUCCGAGAAGCCCAGAACGAUUUGGAGCAAGUGUUACGUCAGAUUGGUGAUAAGGACCAAAAGAUCCAGAACCUGGAAGCUUUACUGCAGAAGAGUAAAGAAAACACUUCCUUACUCGAAAAGGAAAGAGAGGAUCUGUACGCCAAAAUCCAAGCUGGCGAAGGAGAGACGGCUGUACUUAACCAGCUGCAAGAGAAAAACCAUACACUACAGCAACAACUGACUCAACUAGCAGAGAAGCUGAAGAAUCAGUCAGAAAGCCAUAAGCAAGCUGAGGAGAACCUGCAUGACCAGGUACAGGAGCAGAAGGCACAUCUCCGAGCUGCACAAGACCGCGUGCUUUCCCUGGAAACCAGUAUCAAUGAACUGAGCAGCCAGCUGAAUGAGAGCAAGGAGAAGGUCUCUCAGCUCGACGUACAGAUUAAAGCCAAAACUGAAUUAUUACUAUCAGCAGAAGCAGCAAAAACUACUCAAAGAGCUGAUCUUCAGAAUCAUUUGGACACGGCUCAAAAUGCAUUACAAGAUAAACAGCAGGAGUUGAAUAAGGUCACUGCGCAGCUGGAUCAGGUCAUGGCGAAGUUCCAGGAGAAGCAGGAACAUUGCAGUCAGCUAGAGAACCAUCUCAAGGAAUUCAAAGAGAAGAAUCUCUCUUUAGAACAAAAGGCUGAAGACUUAGAAGGCCAAGUUAGGAAACUAGAAGCUGAUGCUCUUGAAGUCAAAGCAAGUAAGGAGCAGGCCUUGCAGAGUCUGCAGCAGCAGCGGCAGCUGAACACAGAGCUCGAGCUCAGAACCACAGAGCUGAGUAAACAGCUUGAGGAGGAGAAGGAAAUAUUAUCCAGUACAAAAUUGGAUCUGCAGAAUAAAUCUGAAGCCCUUGAAAAUAUUACACAAACUCUUACCAAGAAAGAGGAAGAAAAAGUUAUCUUGAAACAAGAAUUUGAAAAGUUAAGUCAAGAUGCAGAGAGGCAGCGCAAGGAGCUGGGUGACCGAGUCCAGGCGGCGGGCAUGGACUUGAGAGCAGUGGAGGAGCAGAAAGCCGCUCUGACGGCCGAGCUGUCCUCAACAAAGCAACGGUUGUCCCAAGUUUCCGAGUCUUUGAAGAACUCCAAAAGCGAAUUCGAGAAAGAGAAUCAGAAAGGAAAAGCUGCUUUAUUAGAUCUGGAAAAAGUUUGUAAAGACUUAAAGCAUCAGCUGCAAGUGCAGACGGAAAGUUCACUCAAGGAGCAGAAUGAACUGAAAAAGUCACUUGAAAAAGAGAAAGAGACUUCUCAACAGUUGGAGGUAGAGCUGGGCUCCCUCAGGGGAGAGGUGGCACGGGCUCGAAGUGCGUUAGAACAGAAGGAGAAGGAGCAGCAGCAGCUUCUGGGGAACAUAGAGCAGCUAACGCAGGCCACCGGACAGAAGAGCAGGCAGAUUGACGCGCUUCAAGGAGAAGUAAAAAACGCUGUUUCUCAAAAGACAGAGCUGGAGAAUGCGCUGCAGCGACUCUCAUCUCAGGCGGCCCAGGAGCGUGCGGCAGAGAAAGAAAAGCUGGCCGCCUUAGAAAGCAGCUACGCCAAGUGCCAGGCCAGCCUGAACCAGCUUCAGUCUGAUCUCUACGGCAAAGAGUCGGAGCUUCUGGCCACAAGGCAAGACCUGAAGUCUAUAGAAGAGAAGCUCUCUCUGGCACAAGAAGACUUGAUUUCAAACAGGAAUCAAAUUGGAAACCAAAAUAAGUCCAUUCAAGAACUGCAGGCUGCCAAGGCUGCUCUGGAGCAGGACUCCGCAAAGCGAGAGCAGCUGCUGAAGGAGCGGAGUAAAGCCCUACAGGACGCCCAGAGAGAAAAGUCAGCGAAGGAAAAAGAACUGGUAAAUGAAAGGUCUAAAUUGGCAGAGCUGGAGGAAAUUCAGUGUAGACAAGAGAAGGAAAUCACAAAGCUCAGCGAAGAACUCAAGUCCCACAGAGAAGAAAGCAUGAAGGAAGUAGCAAAUCUCAAGGAUGCCAAACAACUUUUGAUUCAGCAGAAACUAGAACUUCAAGGCAAAGCAGACUCGCUGAAGGCAGCCCUUGAGCAGGAGAAGGAAAGUCAGCGGCUGCUGCGGGAGCGGGCGGCAAAGGAGGAGGAGAAGCGCAGGGCCGAGUUCUCUGAGAAGGAAGCCAAGCUGCAUUCGGAGAUAAGAGAAAAGGAGGCGGGGGUGAAGAGACACGAAGAGAACGAAUCGAAGCUCACCAUGCAGGUCACAACACUGAACGAGAACUUGGGCACUGUGAAGAAGGAGUGGCAGUCUAGUCAGCGGAGAGUGAGCGAGCUGGAGAAGCAGACGGAUGACCUGCGUGGGGAGAUUGCCGUCUUCGAAGCAACGGUUCAGAACAACCAGGACGAGAGGAGAGCAUUGCUGGAAAGAUGUCUUAAAGGAGAAGGUGAAAUAGAAAAGCUUCAGACCAAAGUUCUAGAGUUGCAAAGGAAGCUGGAUAACACGACCGCGGCUGUGCAGGAGCUGGGCAGAGAAAACCAGUCCCUCCAGAUCAAGCACACGCAGGCGUUGAACAGAAAGUGGGCGGAGGACAACGAGGUGCAGAACUGUAUGGCCUGUGGGAAAGGCUUCUCGGUCACAGUGAGACGGCAUCACUGCCGACAGUGUGGCAAUAUCUUCUGCGCUGAGUGUUCAGCCAAAAACGCCUUAACUCCUUCUUCGAAGAAGCCUGUUCGUGUCUGUGACGCAUGUUUCAAUGAUUUGCAAGGAUAGUGGGUUAUCCUAACUACAGAGUAGUGUCACACUAACAUUAGACUGCUAAUAAAUUGGAUUCGGUCUCUGGUUGCACACUAGCCAAAUUGGAAUACAUAUAUUUUGGAAUGUUACCGGUAUCAAGUAAAACUUCUAUUUUUGUGAGAUUGGGUUCAGUUUUGAUGAUGUUUGUCCACAUGCUUACUCCCUAAACAGCUUUCAUGCCAAGGUCAGAAUUAGCCAAUGAAAUGUAAAUAAUCUUUGGAUGGAAAAUAGCAAUGUAUUUUUUUAAUAUAAUUUAAUUAUUCACAAAUGAUGAAUAUACUUCCUUAGUUUCUUCCUCUCAAAUUAUAUGUACAAAACGUAUGGCUGGCUGUUAUCGUUUGCUGUGGUUUCUGUUGCACAAUAACAGUGGUUAUAUUAUGCAUCCUCCUGGUGGAGUUAUGCACAGGAGUGUCACACCCGUCUGUGUCCUGUAGAGGUCUGUAGCUCAGUUAUGGUGUGAUGUCAGACACUGAUCACUUGAGUGUUCUGAAUGAAGUUGAUGCUAAAAUGAUGUGCUAACCAUGAAUUCAAGCAUGGUUUUUGUUUUGGCAGUAUUGAUUAAAUUCUCAAGUGGAUUUGAUGGACUCCUAUGUAAAAUUAAAUGGUUCAUUUUAUGGUACUUCUGGGAUUGUAUUUCCAAAACUAGAGUUAAUUUAUAUUUCUCUUAUUUUAGACCCCCGUGCACUGUCCCCUAAGCUAUCGUAUAAAACUUCCCACUCUGAGCUGGAGGGUGAGGACUAGAACUGUGUGGUGGCCUGGUCUUGUCUUCUGACAUGAGCUCACACCACAGCCUCACUCUGGCCGUCCAGCGUCUUCAGGUUUCUAAAUGAACCUCUGUUCCAGUUAGUGUAGCUCAGCUUCACUGUAAGUGUGCCUACACUUCCUCUUUUCCUGUCUGUGAAGACAGUAUGAAGAGGCAGAAAUAUUAAAAUUCCACGUCUACUUUCUCUAACCUAAUAGGAAAGAACACUUGGAAAGGUGGAAAGUCGACUUCAUGUUUCUGAUGAGGGCUCCCUCCAUGUUAACUGGGAAAUCUUUUAACUUUGCAGGACUAGUGCUAUGGAAUUACAGUGCAGCUAAGAAUGGAGUGUGUGCAGCCGUGCACAGAUGUGCUCCAGAACUCUGAAAUCAUCACACAAAUGGAAGCAAGGUUGUUAGCCCCGUCAGGGUCAUUUAUGUGUGGGUGAGGGCUGAGCUUAACCGGACAUUGGGAGAGCAUCCGAAGACUGAACUUACUACAUACUAAUUUUCAAUUACCUUUCUGAAGAAAUAGAAAGUUACACAUUGAAUCAGUGCAGUCAUUUCAUAACAAUAGCAGAGAAAGGUAAGAGCUAAUGUUUCAUAUACAAGAAAGAGUUUAUAACACACACUUGCUGUCAGGAUUAUGCUGGAAUUUUCAUGUCUAUGACAUACUUACAACAUAUACAACAAGCGACUGAUGUGUAUUUUUAAUUGUUAAGCAAAGUUAAACCCUGCUGCCAGUAAUUACUAAGGAGAUUAAGUCCCAGGACUUGGAUAGAUAUAUAUCCUUGAACUUAUAUAAUGAAAUGAUACAAUGGCUCCUUAUUAAAACUAAUAGUUGGAUAAUAUAAACUUGAGCUAUUUAUGCAUUUUGUUUCAUUGGAAAUCCUCUCAAGUCGUCCUACACUUUUGGGUUUUUGCUGUACUUUGAAGUCUGUUUUAAAAAAGCAGAUACAGCUCUGCUUCAUGAGAAUUCUGGAUUAACAUGUUUGUUCAUUUCAUCCUUUAGUUGAAGACACCGAAGACUUCCCCUUGUUCACCCCCACCUCACAAAACAUGGGAGGGGGGGCAACAAAGACCAGUGGUGUUUUGAGGUAGUUUUCUUAUUCUUCCCCAACUAAUCUUUUGUCCUCAUUAAUGUCCCCACCACAUGCUACUGUACCUGUGGCCCAAAGGAAGCCAGGCCAUUUGUUCUUCACUGUCACCAAUGUAGUGUGUAUCAGAAACAAACAUUUGAGAUUUUUUCUCGUUUAAAUAAAAGUCCUCUACUGAGUUCUUUUGGGCCAUAUAUUUUAGAUGUUUGCUAGUAGCGUUGUACUGUCAGUGGGUCAGAGCUGGCACACAGAGUCCCAGUUCUUGGCUAUAAUGCAAAACAUAUUGGCAUCAGGCGUUGGCAGGCUGCAGACCCCAGCACAGGAAUGUGAGUUAAAAUCAAGUUGUGCUGGGAUUGGGUACAGUAAACUGUAUGCACAGAAUUGUUAUAAUAGAGAGCAGGCAGAGCUGCUGAUCUAGGAUGUCCUCCUUUUGAAGAAAGCCGAGAAGGAAACACAAACACCUCAGUGCAGUGUACAAAUAAACAUUUUGUUCAACUACCUCUUAAAGUGGAAUUAGCUAGUUUAAUAGUUUCCUUAUGGUAAUAUUAAAAGCAACUGCCAAAUUUAUGUUUUCAUCCCUCUUAAAAUGUCUUUAUGAUUAUUUUAUAUAGUUUUGAGGUCUCUAUGGCGACUUUUUUACUCUUACAUUUGCAUAAGAUGUUUAGCCUAAGGUGGAAGGCAAAUGACCGUUGUAUAUUUUAUAUUUGUGACCUGUUUAAUUCUAGCAGUUUUUUUAAAUGCACUUUGGCUAUGAAAACCAUGGCUAACUUAUCUAUAAGAUUUCAAUGUGCCAUCAAUUUAGUAUUCCUAGACAUAAGCUUGAUGAAUGAUCUUUUCUGAUUAUGCUGUGCCACAUAUUGUUGUGUCUUAAUGCCCUUUGCCUGAAUUUUAAUGAUCAGAUCAUUAUUGUUGCACAUGUGAAUACUGUGUAUAAACUUCCUGAAUUUAUGUAAAAUUGUAUAAAGUAGGAUUGAAAAACCACUGUGUUCUUUCUGUAAGAAGUAAUGAACUUACUGUAACAUGGUCCAGCCACAAGUCUGACAGUCUAGGCUGGCUUCUCUGAAUUGGAUCACAUGUCCACAGCCUUUGUCCAUACUUUUGCAUGAGUAAUUUCUCCUUAGUUUGUGGCUUCAUUCUGUUACUGUGUUUACUACUUGUGAUCAUGUAGUUGUGCCUUAUUUUCUGAAAGAGUUUGGCUCAGUAAACACUGUAAUUUCUAAUCCCAGUGAUUAGAAAGUUACUGAUUAUAACUAUGACUGGUGUAUUAUAAGACAGCAUUUAAAUCUGUAUAAAGAAUAAUGGAAGGAUCCUUAUCGAAUUGCCACUUCUGUUUUUUAAUAUGUUACAGAUGAUAUUAAAGACCAUUUCUAUCUAGUUAGAUGUUAUCCUAUGAUUAUGAUUGUUUUGCUUGCUUUAAAAGAGAACAUGCUCUUAGCUGGUUUUUACAAAUUCACCAAAUAUUAGGACUUUGCACCUGGAUACAGAGAGUGGCCACGUUUUAAUGUUGUCUAAAUUAAGAUACAAAUGAAGUUUGUGAUCUCAAGAGAAUUCGUUGAUGUCAUUUUGGUUGAGAAGUUCCCUCUAUAUCUUUCAGACUAACUUGUGGAGAAUUAACAAAGCCAAAAAGAAAUUAAAAAAAAAUUUAAUCCCUCC